GGCAUUUGCUGGUCACAAGUACCCGCUUCCAUCCUUGGUUCGGAACAAACUCUAUAUAAAUCGGUCUCGCCGUUGCAAACCAACAAAUACAAAUCCUGUCCAGGGGACACCUGAGCCAAAAGUAAACCUAUUGAGAGUCAUUACUCAUGUCUGCCCCAACCAAACAGUUCCACGACCUUUCGAUCACUGGUGAUAUGCCGAUGACACGCUCCCAGACCGAGAGAGAGCCACCUCCAAAUGACAGCGAUAGCAGCGAGCUCCUUGAAAGCGGAAGCGACGAGAGUGAUGCUGGGGAUGGGGUCUCGGCUGUCUCCUCGUCCAUACGAGGAAAAUCAGGGAUUACCUAUGACCUCGCCAAACUUGAUUCCGACUGCGAGGCCAAGGCUCUUGUUGGGUUGACAAGCCAAUUCAAUGUGGCCAGCUGCUGUGCGACACCAACAGGGUUUGAUUUCCAAUUCACAGAACAUCCUCGGGUUCACAUCGGUUCAAAAGGAUAUACGUGCACCUGUUCGACAUUUUCAGCCCGACCUAGCGUGGUCUGCCAGCAUAUCUUUUGGCUCCUUGAUCAGCUUCAUGGCUGUUUUCUCCCACAGUCUCCUCCCUCCGGCAUACCUCUGUCGAGCGAUGGACGUCUACCGAACUUUGGGCGGGUGGAACACCUCUUGGAUGACAAGCUGGAAACUAUUGCAGACCAGCUGAGUUGGCAAUAUAUUCGCUCCGAAGCCGAGGGUGGAAUGAGCCGCCAGGAGAUGGUUCGAGACAUCUUGUCUGCCUUCAACACGGCUAUACUGCCAGAGGACUUCCGUCUCGACCUUCUCGAUGAUGCGAGACAGUCGCGUACUCCCGAACAGUGCGUUGUGCAGGGGGACUUCGAGGCCACGAUGUUUCGGCUCGCUGUGCACGAUGACGGGGUUUAUUCUAGCCUCUGCAAGGCAAUGCCCAUAGGAGCCUGCGCGGUGAUUUAUUUCGACAAAGUGCACCACAGACUGCGGACGUUAUUGGCAGAUUUUGAUCGGUACUGUCUGACAGGGCAGGCUCCGAGUGCAGCAGCCGGCAUGGACGUUGAGUCUGUAGUCAAGGACAUCCAACGCAGCGUUGGCCGUGUCCGGGAAAACAUCAUCAUUCGAGCACCACACGGUAUGGAAGGGGCUGCGAAAACCUUGGUCACCCUGUUGGAGGAUAUUUGCAGCCGCAAUAGGGAUGCGCUGGAAGGGAACGACUGGGGCCGAGCGACAUUCCACGGGGAGGAUGAGGACCAACGCAAUCUAUUUCAUCGGCUUAUUGGAGGAGACACCGAUGAGACUGGCGAAUCUUUUAUUCUCGACGCCCUCGAGUAUUUGCCAGCUUCGGAUCUUCACCAAUUUGUGGGUAGGCUGAAGGCCAUCCUACACCGAAUUGAAGUGGACCGAGCCCCGAAGGCCUAUAUACUCCAACUCAGCUCGCUGAUCCGUGCUGCAGAAACCCCCCUGGCGAAUGCUGGUCAGAAGCGACCGUCUUCAGCUACGAGUCGGGGCGACAGCAAGCGCACCCGGUGAGAUAGACUGAACUCUACUGUUGGAGAGCAACAGUUGAUCGAUUACUGCAUGAUUGGGCGGCUUUUCUCAUUGAUACACUCUUACACCAUUGUCUGCAUUUUGUGAAGCGCCAGUUGUUUCAAUCCAUUAGCUUGAUAGAUGGCACAAUGAUUCU